GCGAGCGCUUUCCCCGACCGGUCACAGUAACGCGCGGCUACUCGGGAAACUCCACUAUUAGCGAUACCCGGACUGGUUUGAAAGUUUUCGCCGUACCAGCGGUCUUCGAGAGUUUGGUUAAGAGUGCGAUAUGCGGCUGGGAGGUUUCGGGUAUUCUUAACGCUCAUUGUGUGACUAGCCAGCAGACAAUAAAAUGAAGUGCCAAUCACCAUAGCAACCGUAUGCAGUUCGAUCGCUCCAAGUAAACCAUCACCAUUCUAUUGCUCAAUCGCUCAAUCAAACACACAAAAUGAACGAAUUUAUGAAAAUCACCGAUCAAAAAACCAGAAACACCUCCGAGAUCAUCGAAGGCAACUUCACCGAUCACAUCACCAACAGCUCCGUAACGGAUCCGUUCAAUCCGUGGCCGUCCCACUCGUGGCUGCUCUGCUUUAUGGUGGCGCUGAAGACUUUGAUCAUGGUCUUCAUCAUAAUCGCGGCGCUGUUCGGCAAUCUCCUAGUGAUCGUGUCCGUGAUGAGACACCGAAAGUUACGCGUCAUCACCAAUUAUUUCGUCGUGAGUUUGGCCCUGGCCGACAUGCUGGUGGCCAUUUGGGCCAUGUGUUUUAACUUUAGUGUCGAAGUUAGUGGAGGUAGAUGGAUAUUCGGGUAUUUUAUGUGCGACGUGUGGAACUCGUUGGACGUUUAUUUCUCGACGGCGUCCAUACUGCAUUUGUGCUGCAUCAGCGUCGAUAGAUAUUACGCCAUAGUCCAGCCCCUGGACUAUCCCCUAAUAAUGACGAACGUGCGCUUGGUGUUCAUGCUGGCGGUGGUGUGGUUUUCCCCUGCGUUACUUUCAUUCCUGCCGAUUUUUAUGGAAUGGUACACGACGGCCGAGCACUUGGAAUUCCGCAGGAGGAAUCCGCAUAUCUGUUCGUUUACAGUGAAUAGAACUUAUUCAGUGAUAUCGUCGAGCGUCAGUUUUUGGGUGCCCGGAAUGGUUAUGAUUUUCAUGUACUACAGGAUAUACGUGGAGGCCGAUAGGCAGGAAAGAAUGCUGUAUAGGAGUAAAGUGGCCGCGGCAUUGCUCAACAAGCACCUUCAAAUCAACGGCAUAUCCGCCGGACUGACGUCGUUAAGGCAAUCAGUGGACGAGGGCCUGGUGACGGACGACAAGGCUGCAGCGGCGGAGGCGGUGGCUACCGAUCCCGGAUCCAGCAGUAAAAUGAAAAGGGAGAGAAAGGCGGCGAGGACGUUAGGGAUUAUAGUGUCGGCGUUUUUGGCUUGUUGGUUGCCGUUUUUUCUUUGGUAUGUCAUAUCAGCGCUAUGCGGGUACAGGCUGUGCUACAGCCCCCCUUGGGUGGUGACGCUGGUCUUCUGGGUGGGGUACUUCAAUUCGGCCCUCAACCCGCUGAUCUACGCCUACUUCAACAGGGAGUUCCGGGUGGCGUUUACGAAGACGCUGCAGAGCUGCUGUCACUUCUCGUCGCAGCUGGUGUGCAGGAAGUACUCGCUGCGCAGGGAGCCGCCGAUGACCUGCAGCAACGCGUCCAGCGAGUUGCACGGUAACAACUUGCUGCGGGCCGAGGCGAUAGUGCAGCGAUUCAACAAUCUCUCCGAGCAGGAGUUCAUUAAUUUAAGGCAAAACGAAGCUGUUAUUUAAAGGUUCCGAGAGCUUAGAAUUAGUUACAUAUCGAAGGCAAUAAGGCUGUAGUUGCGACGUGGUUUGAUCGAGUAAUUUCUUUUUUUAUUAUAACGAUAAAUUUUGAUGGGUAUGUAUUAUUUUAAAUACCUACCUCACUUAAUUGAAUAUCGAUUUAGUGCAUAUGUG